GACAUUCCAUGCGUGGUGUUAUAAUUAGAGAAUAAAAAGUAGGGUCCCGAGCCAGUAAUAUAAAUGAUAUAACCUUCAGCAAGGUCUUUUCAAAAGCCAUCCACGUAGAUUCGAUUCGAUUUCCCCAUGUGAUUUAUUUAUUUAAUAGCGUAAUCAUGACGGCACGGUUUUCACCGAUCGACCAACAAUCGAAAAGCCGAACGAAAUCGGUCAAAUAACACCGAUAUUUCACUACAUAAUUUUCCCCCCCGUACGUUCACAAAUUAAUAACCACCCUGUCCGCACUCCGAAAUACCAUCGCCAGUCAUUAUUUAUGGGUUUUGUUUCCGAAACGCGGGGUCCAACAGGUAGUUGUAAUAAUUAGAUAAACCGGCUCUGUACGUUCACACGAACGUGCCCGAUCCACCAUGGGAACGUAACGAACUAGACAUCUCACAUAAAAUCUACCUCCCCCCACCACUCGGGACCUGAUGCUGAUUCAACUGGUACAGAAGGCGAGCGCGACAAAGCGCACUACGCUUCCUGACUUCGUACCGUGCAGUACUAGCCGGAGCCGAGUGGACCCGAGUGAAGGUGAUUGCGCACGACGCAAGUGACAGUGAUUACUAUUACUAUUAUUAUUAUUAUUGAACAGUGUGUGACACGUUACGGAUUAUACACAUAACACCAUGGUGACCAAUACACAGGCCAGUGUGCUGCAGCAAAAUGCCAUCAGCAGCGUACAACCAACCCCCACGGUCGAGUCGACCACCACGGCAAGGAGAGUCAGCGACAAUCGAAGGAGCAACAAGCCCAUCAUGGAGAAGAGGCGCAGGGCCAGGAUCAACAACUGCUUGAACGAGCUCAAGACCCUCAUCCUGGACGCCAUGAAAAAAGACCCAGCCCGCCACUCUAAGUUGGAGAAGGCCGACAUCCUGGAGAUGACGGUGAAGCACCUGCAGAACCUGCAGCGGCAACAAGUGGCUAUGUCGGCUUCCGCCGACCCGUCGGUCGUCAACAAGUUCCGCGCCGGCUUCAGCGAGUGCGCCAGCGAGGUGGGCCGCUUCCCCGGCCUGGACCCCAUAGUGAAGCGGCGACUGCUCCAACACCUAGCCAACUGCCUCAACCAGGGCGGCAAGCCGCAGGAGGUGCCGCAGGUGCAGGUGCACAUACUCCCCAACAAGCCCGAGCCCCAAGUCGUACCGCAAAGCAGCGGCAUCAUAUUCAGCAACGGCAACGGCACCGGCGUCCAACUGGUGCCCACCAGGUUACCCAACGGCGACAUAGCCUUGGUGUUGCCCACCAGCGUGGCCCAAGGAAUGCCCCAACAGAUGAACUCGUCGGUACCCCUACUAGUACCCAUCAUCCCCGACCGGUCGCCCUCCGUGCAAUCAGCCUCGAGCAGCACCUCCAACUACUCCCCCAGCCACAGUCCCGAACCCAUGGACACGAUGUACAGCCAACCCAAACCCCUGUCGCUGGUGGUGAGGAAGUCGGAGCCGGUCGAGGAGGAGGAGAAGCCGUGGAGGCCUUGGUGAACGAUCGAUUUUCUAUUCGGAAAACAUGAAUGUAUUGUGAUAUAAGGAAGAAUCUCCAGUAUUAGAAAUUAGGAUUCUUCUAAAUGAGCCAUAUUUUAGUCUUGAAUAAAUAUUUAUUUAAAAGGAGUACCAUACUCGGGCAAGGUACAAGUGCAAAUACGCAUCCUAGAUGUUUGAAUGAAUUGUUUUUUUAUUACGCGAUUCUUAGCUGUGAAUAGAUUUGUACAUAUUA